GCACCAUCUACUGGAGAAUCCGUGAGCUUAUUCCCGGAUAUUUAAAACAACUUCCGAAUCCAUUUUUCAACCAUAAGUGAUUUUGAAGAAAUAUUUUAUUGUUUUUAUUCACACUAUAAUUUUUUUUAACAGACUCUUGUAAUCAUAUGGUUACCAUUGUACUAAUACAAGCAACCGGAUUCAAGGAUUGAAAUUUAUAUUUGGGUUUCCGGAAAAAGUUUACUAUAAUUGCAAAUUUACUGCGAGACGUGAAGAGCGCGCGGUGACUCACGCCAUCUCCUUGAGUGCAAUUUUUUUCAGAGGCGAAGAAGGUCGGAGCGAAGGCGAGACUGCCGGUUUAUUUUUUUUCCUUAUGAUUGCUUUUUCUUUUGUUAAACAGAGAAAAAGCGUAAAAAAUCUUCUUACUUACUCGAUGUAUAAAAGUUUUCUGUAUAUAUAGUCGCGGUACGGUUUUUUUCUCAAAUCUCAACUAACCUUCAAAUUACUUUUUUUGUGCUUGGCUGUUCAAGAUGCUGCGCAAUAUUUUUAGAAGCAAAUAUCGGUUAGUCCGUUUUUCUCGAGAUUUGAGAUUAAUAAGUCACUCGAGUACAGCACAGGAACAUUGUGAUUCAAUUUGUCCUCCGCCCCCUGUAUGUCCACCUAAAGUUCGUUGUUUAAUGGAUCUUUAUCCAGUUCCAUGCGGACCUUGGAAAGAGCAAUACGAUGCGGAUAAUGCAAUUUUCAAUCGUCAAUUGAUAGCUGCGUUUGGGACUUUAAUUAUUACGAUAUUCGCGGUGAAUCGCGUUGGUAUGGUCAAAGGAUAUCCGGAAAUCAGGCUGUUUCAACGUGUCUAAACAUCGAGUGCUUAUUCGCAAUAAUUCGAAUGUCUAAUAUAUUGAGCAUAUAGUAAUGUAUAAAAAGCAUCAAUUCAUUGAUGAUGUUAUAUUUACUUUCAAUACAACUAUAAUUUGGCUUAUCAAUAAA